AUGAGUAGUAUUAGCAACGAGAGUGGCAAUGAUGAGCUUCCAAAAUUUGUUCUCUUUCAUAACCGAUUUUAUCGUUCGAUUGGUAUUUCAGUUUCUGAUUUUGAUCCCGAUGGUGCUUUAUACACUUAUUUAUUUAGUUUUGAUGAAGAUGAAGAGGAUUUACCACCAAUACCACAAAACAAUAACGCCACAACCAAUUCUAACCCUUCUGCUCUCAACACAGGUAACCAUUCCGAUCCGACCAUUCUCACUCAUCUUCCACUCAAUGCCACUGCCAAUACAGCCUCAACUACAAGUACCAAUGUAAAUAUUUCCAUUCAGGACGAUGUGGAAGAGGACGAAGAGGAUGAAGAGGAUGAUGAAGAUUUAUCGGCUGGUGGAGGAGGAGAGCUUCAUGGAACAGGAGGUGGUGGAGCUGUUGUUGUUGGCAGUAGUAGUGGUAAUGGUAAUGGCAACCAAACAUCAAGUACUCCUCCACUCAAUACAUCGAAAAAAGAUGGACAUGAAUUUGAUAUCUUACAAGCCAUCUAUCAAGUGACUGGACAAUUAUUGGUGAAUGAGGAAGAAAGAAAGGCCAUUAUUAGAUAUGUUUUGUGGUUUAUUAAUUUAUCAUUUAAGAAUCAAGAAUUAGAGAGGAAAGCCAUUGCGAGCUCUAUAAAACGUGGAGAUUUGGAGCAAAAUUUGAUUGAUAUUGGAUUUAAGGAACAAGCGUCUAUUAUCAAGUAUGUCAAGUAUAUCUAUGAUUAG